GUCAGUCUUCGUCGAAAGAAAAAUGAUAUGUUAUACUUUGAAGUUAAAAUAAUUUUUAAUUCCUGAUUGUUUUCCAGAAAAUAAACAUAAUUAGAAGAAAUAUUUACUAACCUUCGGAAUCAAGCAUAUUUCAGAAUGGCUGAGGAUUUGGAUGUAGAGGCUAUGUUAGAAGCACCAUACAUUAAAUCGAACUUUGUGGUAAUAGUCCAGCUUACUUCACCGACCUGAACAGAAUGAGAAGUAUCCCUGUGUGAUGUUAGUGCUGUGUACAUCCUUAGUCAGUGGUUUGCCGAAUGGAUAACACUUCCUCUUCAAAACAUCGCUCGGACAAGUAUUCUGACAAGCACAGAGACAGAGAAAAGGAGAGCAACCGAAGACGGAGCCGAUCCAGAGACCGAAGAAAAUCACGUGAUCGAGACGUACGUCGUUCAAAAGAAAGAGAUGACAGAAAAGACCGGGACCGCGAUAGGGGGGAUAGAGAUCGUCGAGAUAGGGACAAGGACCGCAGCAAUAGAGAUAGGGACCGGGACCGCGAUAAGGAUAGAGAACGUGAAAGAGAAAGGGAAAAACGGCGUAGCAAGGAUAAAGAAAGAGAACGUAGUAAAGAUAGGGAAAAAAGCCGCGACAAACAUUUAUCACGAAGAGAGCGGAGCCGCGAAAAAGAAAAAGUUCGUGAAGAGGAAAAAGUCCGUGAACCGGAAAGAACAGAAUACAGAUCGAAAUCUAGGGGAGUAGAACCUAAGCUAGAAGAUUUGCCACCAGAAGAAAGAGAUUUGCGAACUGUAUUUUGUAUGCAGUUAUCGCAGCGCAUUAGAGCUAAAGAUUUAGAAGAAUUUUUCUCAUCUGUUGGCAAAGUUAGGGAUGUUAGGCUUAUCACAUGUAACAAGACCAGGAGAUUUAAAGGAAUCGCAUACAUUGAGUUUAAAGAUGCAGAGUCUGUGCCAUUGGCUCUUGGUCUAACCGGACAGAAGUUAUUGGGUAUUCCUAUUAUUGUUCAACAUACUCAGGCAGAGAAAAAUAGAGUAGGUAACACAUUGCCGAAUCUAGCACCAAAGACUAGCAAUGGACCAACUAGGUUAUAUGUAGGAUCACUGCAUUUUAAUAUUAAUGAAGACAUGUUAAGAGGAAUAUUUGAACCAUUCGGAAAAAUUGACCACAUUCAACUUAUGACUGAUCCUGACACAGGAAAGAGUAAAGGUUAUGGAUUCCUAACAUUUCAUCAUGCUGCAGAUGCAAAAAAGGCAAUGGAGCAAUUAAACGGAUUUGAACUAGCCGGACGGCCAAUGAAAGUGGGUAAUGUAACUGAAAGAACGGACGGAGGGUCUAGUACGCGCUUCGAUGCUGACGAGCUGGAUCGGGCCGGUGUCGACCUUGGGGCCACUGGACGCUUGCAACUUAUGUUCAAGUUAGCUGAAGGCACUGGUUUACAAAUACCUCCAGCCGCUGCGUCAGUUCUCAUGGGAGCAGGAUCUACCUUAGUCGCUGCACAACCCCAAGUAGCGCCGCCGAUUGCCACACAAUGUUUUAUGCUCAACAAUAUGUUCGACCCAGCCUCAGAGUCAAAUCCAAGCUGGGAUAUAGAAAUCAGAGAUGACGUCAUCAGUGAAUGUAAUAAACACGGGGGUGUGUUACAUGUUUAUGUAGACAAAGCCUCUCCGCAAGGGAAUGUGUAUUGCAAGUGCCCUACGAUAGCAACAGCUGUGGCCUCUGUUAACUCGCUGCACGGCAGAUGGUUUGCUGGAAGAGUGAUUACUGCAGCAUACGUGCCCCUUAUAAAUUACCACUCGCUAUUCCCUGACGCUAUGACUGCACUUACCUUGCUACUACCUACACGACAAAGAUAAAAUUGAUCACCUAAUUUAGCAUUUACUGCAAAGCAAUUUAAAUAUAAAUACAAAUUAAUAUACUCUAAUUUUAGGAUAUCUAAUAGUGGUGUUCUGUAUUUUAGGGUACAUUACAUUAUGUGAUUUUAC